UGUGCUUUCAGUUCAUUUAAGUGUGGGAAGUUUGUAUGAUGUUUAAUGCUUAUUGAUUGUUAUUACUAGUGCAUUUCUUUAUAAUAUUUUACGUCGGACAAUGAGUUGGAACGGAAGGAAACCAGAGUGUCGUUAUCAUGGUCUUCCUGAGCAUAACGCACACAGACAGCCUGAUUCUCAAGCAACAUCGCACCUUGCAGUACUUCCUCAUCUCGAUAAAGGGUCUCUAGGGCAGGAAGAAAAUAACCCAUUAAUGGAAGACUACAGUACUUGGGACAUUGUUAAAGCGACACAGUAUGGGAUACUGGAGAGAUGUAAGCAACUAGCUGAAGCAGGAUAUGACGUGCGACAGCCCGACAAGGAAAAUGUGACCCUACUGCACUGGGCAGCCAUUAAUAAUAGGCUGGAUCUUGUCAAGUAUUACAUUUCAAAAGGUGCUGUCAUAGAUCAGCUUGGUGGAGACCUAAACUCUACUCCUCUUCACUGGGCAAUCAGGCAAGGUCACUUGCCUAUGGUGGUGCUGCUGAUGAAAUAUGGUGCAGAUCCCCUACUAAUCGAUGGAGAAGGUUAUAGUGCUAUUCACCUAGCAGUACUUUUCCAGCAUAUUCCUAUCGUAGCAUAUCUUGCAGCAAAGGGACAGGACAUAGACAUGGUAGAUGUGAAUGGAUUAACAUCGCUGAUGAUCUCAUCCAGCAAGAUAAUUGGACCAGAGCCUACUCGCUUUCUGUUGAAGUUUAAUCCUUCUGUAAAUGCAACUGAUAAAGUGCACAGGAACAGCGCUCUGCACUGGGCUGUUAUGUCUGCAAACAUAGAUGCUGUAUUGGCCCUGUUGGAUUCUGGGGCUAAUGUGAAUAUACAGAAUAUUAAGGGGAAGACCCCUCUUGAUAUUGCUCAUGAAGUAAGAAAUCCACUGCUGAUUCAUAUUCUUUCACAAGAACAUAGUGCUAGAAACAGCAGGCUGUGGAGAGCCCUAAAGAAUUUCGACAGAUACAAGUUCCCAAUGCUGCUUCUGUUUUCUUUGGCUAUAAUAUGGAUAACAGGAUACAUAAUGGACAUGAACUCUGACUCUUGGCUUCUUAAAGGAGUAUGCCUUGCACUUGUAUUUGGACUAGUUGGAUUCCUAACAAGGCAUUGUUUUGGACCUUGGACACAAAACCUUUGUCCAGUGGCUUUUCUACUGGCUUCACUUAUCUGGAUAUUUAUUACCUGGUUCAUGUGGUUCUUACCUUAUUUAACAGAUGCAUUUUUCCAGAUUUCUUUUGCUCUUUCUGCAGCAAGUGUCCUUUACUACUACUAUAAAACGUGGAGCACUGAUCCUGGAUAUCUCAAAGUUACAGAAGAAGAAAUGAAGCAGAAUGUUAUUACACUUGCUGAAGCUGGCUGCUUAGAUUACAGAGUUCUAUGCAAUUCUUGCCUUGGAUAUAAACCCAUCAGAUCUGCACAUUGUCCAUACUGCAAUUGUUGCGUAGCCAGAUUUGACCAGCACUGUGUUUGGACAGCAAGUUGCAUAGGUGCUGGCAACCACUCCUCAUUUGUCCUAUUUUUGCUAUUCAUGACCAUGACUUGCAGCUGGAAUUUGUAUGGAUCUGUGAUCUACUGGUCGGAUCACUGUUCGACGACAUAUCAGCAGGAUGGGAUGUGGAUAUUUUUGACACAGAUUGUGGCUUGCUCUCCUUGGGUGACAUAUAUUUUCUUGGUGACAUUCUUCCAUGUUUCUUGGGCUGUGCUCAGUCUUUUCAAUCAGUUUUAUCAGAUUGCAUUUUUAGGCCUAACUUCACAUGAGCGACUGAACCUAGUGAUGCGUAACAGACUUUCAAAACAUCCAGUUUCACUGAGACAGAACCCAUUCAACUUAGGGUGCACUCAGAACUUGAUAAACUUCUUCCAGUGGAAGUGCUUUGGAAUCUGCAAACCAACAAUAACUGACUGGAUGAAGCAGUACUCCAUUCUUCCUGAAGAAAGAAAGACUGCUUUUCAGACUAUAUAAAUUUAUUUUAUAAAUACUGUAAUGAUAAAAUAGUAAAUAUUCAGUUUAUGAGUAGGUACAUUAAUUUUUCUUGGAGACUUAGCAGCAUAUAAAACAAGCUCAAGGACCAAACACAGAAGAACAGCUGUAAAAUAAUUAUUUAAUCAGUUAGAGCUUUCUUGCUAGUAAAUGGCACUUCAU